GCGGGGCGGCUAUAAAUGCCGGCCGUGAUUGACAGGGCCGGCAGCGGCGCGGCGCCGGGCAGGGGCAGCCGGAGCCCGGCCGCCGCCAUGGGCUCGCCGCGCCGGGCCCUCAGCAACUCGUACGCGGGCAACGGGAGGCUGUCGCCGCCGCUUCGGCCGGGCAGCGUCGAGGGCGCGGAGGAGGCGGAAAGCGCGGCCUGGGCCUCUCGGCCCAACCGGCGCAGCUACCUGCUCAGCAUCCGGCCCCAGAACAGCUUAUCAAGCAGCAGAUUCUCUCUCUCCAGUUUAGGAAGGAGCACCUUCUGCGCAAUCAUUUCUCAGCUGACGGAGGAAACCCAGCCACUAUUUGAAACCACUAUCAAAUCCCGUUCUGUGUCCGAGGACUCUGAUGCUAGAUUCACGUGCAUAGUGACAGGGUACCCGCAGCCAGAGGUGACAUGGUACAAGGAUGAUGAAGAGAUGGACCGCUACUGUGGCUUACCUAAGUAUGAGAUUUUCCGCCAUGGAAAUCGCCACACCCUGCAGCUGUACAAGUGCCGAGAGGAAGAUGCAGGCAUUUACCAGGCCUCAGCUAGAAAUAACAAAGGCAUCGUGUCCUGCUCAGGCGUGCUGGAAGUGGGAACCAUGACGGAGUUCAAAAUCCAUCAGAAGUGGUUUGCCAAAAUUAAGAGAAAAGCUGAAGAAAAACUGCGAGAGAUAGAACAGAGCAAGAAACGAGGGAAAGAGAAUGUGGAGGUGGAGAAGAAUGUGCAGGGAAUGAGCCCCGAUCGGCUCCAGAGAAAGCGGAGGCUGGCCAGGGAUCUGAAUCUCCGGUCAGGAGCCUCUCUGUGGGAGAAAGAGGAUGCAGCAAAAGUGCAUGUCGGUGAUUCUCAGUCCAGAUUCCAUGAGGCUGAGUUGAAGGAACAGUCAGUAAACACGAUGACUGGCUUACCAAACAAACUGGUAGCACCUUUGAAAGCAGAGGUGACCACCAAUGGAGAUGCUUGUUUGGGAAGUGCAGAAGAGAAUGGGAAUGGCUUUCUUGCGUACAUCUACGAGACAGUGGAAGACCUAGUGGCUAAGCCAAUGGCCAAAGACUCCGCAGCUAAAAAGAAAAAGAAAGUGGAGGAUGCUCCAGCAGCAAAGCAGGAAGUUUCAAAGCGAGAGGAAAGUGGGAGAGACAGGACAAAACCCUCAGCAAAUCCAAGGUUUGCCCCUCCCGUCCCCUUACGCAGGAAUGCACAUCUGAGGGUGGCAAAUGAUCAAGAAGUGGAAAAUAUUCCAAAGAUCAAAGAGUCUGGGAAAGCUGUGAAUCAGGAUGCUAAAAUUAAUGGUGAUGUGCACUUCUCUUUGAAAGAGAUGUAUUUUGAUAAUCAAGUGAAAGCAGCAGCAGAGAAGGAGGAGGCAGGAGCCAAGGAAGAGGCUGCGAGAGAGGCUGCCCUGCAGCCCGCGGGUGUCAGCAGGCAGACAGAGGGUGCUUCACCAUCCUCAAAGGUGUCAAAGGCAGGACCUGCGCCACCUGAGGGAAGGAAGAGCCAGCACACAGCACAGAAGUCGGAGGGACAUAAAGCCGUCGGUCCAGAGGUUGCAGGAGCAGUGGGACGGUGUGCUAGUGACCUAAAACAUCCAGUGUCUGGCCCAACAGUAGAUACCGGUCAGCAAGCCAACAAGUUAGAGGAGUCCAAGAAGGAGACUCCGGUUUGCCAGGAGGCCAGGGGGUCUGGAAAAAGGACGAACCCCAGGCUGAGGCCUCAGGAGCCGCCAAAGCCACCACCAGCAGACCACACACAGCCCCACAAGGAGCAUCCUCCCUCUAGGAAACAGUCAGAAGGACAUUCCCAUACUCUUGAGGGCAGAGAGGCCCAACAAGGACUGUCAAAUCAAAAUGUCAAGAGCCAAGGUAAUAAAGAGCCAUUGCCAAAGAAACUGAGUCCUCCAGAGCCUGGAGAAAAUACUCCUCCUGAGCAAAAUGCACAUCAGACGAUGGUAAAGGAUGGGAAGAGCAAAGAGGCAGGCUUAGAGACAUCUGGGAGUGAGCCCUGCACAGAGGCAAGAGGGAGCAGUGUAGCAGAGUCAUCCCCUGUGGUGGGAGGGACACGUCUGGGGCUUCGGGAGACUGAAACACCAGCUCCUGCUUCAGUACGAGUGGCCGAGGAAGAGUCAUCCCCUGUGGCAGGAGGGAAAACUCUGGGGCUUCGGGAGGCUGAAACACCAGCUCCUGCUUCAGUACGAGUGGCCAAGGAAGAGUUGUCCCCUGUGGUGGGAGGGACACCUCUGGGGCUUCAGAAGGCUGAAACACCAGCUCCUGCUUCAGUACAAGUGGCCGAAGAAGAGCCAGUCCCCACUCUUGCAGCGGGGACGUUGGCGGCACAGGAGGCACUGCCUGCAGCUCACAGCAGUCAAGGGAAGGAGUCUGCUGCAGGGUCGGCCCCGUCUGGAGCCCAGCUGCUGCCUCCUGCGAGCAAAGCCACGGAAACCAAAAAGGCAGAUGGAUCUGCCCCACAGGAAGAGUUUCCAGCUAGUGCUUCAGGGGAGGAGAGUGCCAAACAGGUGCCUGUAGUACCUCAGAGGAAGGAAGGAGCAGAGCAAACAGGUGCAGCUCCAAACCAGGAGCCAGCAGCACCUUCGGGCACUUUUGAAAGAGGCACUGAGGUUCAGCCACAAGCACCACUGGUCCUGCCAAGCCCUGAGAAACCUCAGGAAAUGACUUUGGAGGAGAAGAUGCAGCACAAAAACCUUGUUUCCUCCUUGAAGAGCUACCUACUGCUGCUUUUAAAAAUGUCAGAUAGCAGCAACAGUGACACGAAAGAAGAUGCUGAGCCCAGGGAUGAGGAGCAGCCCACUGCAGAGGAAGCUGCGCUCCCAGAGAUAGGCAUUGCAGGCCUGAGCCCCCGCACCUCAAGGAGAGUUUUGGAGAAGGUACAAAACAACCAGCUCUUCCAGACAGCAGAGAAUUUGCCUCUGACACCCAGGACAACCAGGCGGAUCACAGGCCUGAUUCAUGAGGAAUUUGUUACCAGCAAAGAGAUGCUGGCUUGCAGGCCUGUGCCACCAAAGAGACGUACAAAGGUGGCUCCUGAAGCAGAGGGGUCAUCCCAGCUCUCUGUGCCAUCCAUCGUGGUGGGCAGCGUGCCAGCAGCAGGAGCGGGACAGCCUCCUAAUAACGCUCCCAAUUUGCCUCCAGUGAGCCCUGAGAAAGAGAGCCCUAGUGACCCUUUGGUUGCGCUACCUUGUGCCACGCCAGAGGAGCUUGCUUCUGGGGCCCGUCGCAAAAUAUACCUGCCAAAAACGAAGCAAGCUGGGGAGGAAGAGGAGGCAACCCCGGAGAGCCAAGGGCAUGCAAGAAGCCCUACUGUUUCACCGCGGCAAUCCAGAAAGAGCGCAGCCCUGUUGCAGACACCUGCCCAGGCUCCAUCCCCUCCAGCAGAGCAACGCUCGCCAACCCUCAUGAGGAAGAUGGCCACGUUGGAGGUUCCUAAGCUGUAUGAUGAACCCACAGGUGACAGCAGCAAUGAUCCCGAAGUCCCUGAAGAUGCUAAGCUAGAAGGGCAGCCAGCAGAAUCCAAGAAAGCAAAUAACCCAUUUAAAGCUCCGCAGGUGAUUCGUAAGAUCAGGGCUGAACAAUUUUCCGAUGCAUCAGGAAACCUGAAACUUUGGUGCCAGUUCUUCAAUAUUUUGAGUGAUUCUAAGCUGAUGUGGUACAAGGACGAGAUCCCUGUAGCAGAAGCACAAAGGAGUGCUGGCGAUGAGGGCCAGGCAGCCUUGGCCAUCGUGCAGGCAUCCCAGAAGGACUGCGGGGUCUACCGCUGUGUGAUCAGCAAUGAGUACGGCACUGACUCCACAGAUUUCCUGCUCAGCCCAGAAGUGCUGUCAGGAUUUAUCUUGCGGGAAGAGAUCGAAGUUGGAGAGGAGAUCGAGAUGACGCCCAUGGUGUUUGCGAAGGGCUUGGCUGACUCAGGCUACUGGGGGGAUAAGUUCUUCGGGCGUGUGGUGAGUGAGGACAUGGAAGUGGGUGCUGGCUUCCUGCGCAAAGCCUGCCGUGCGAGAGCCAUCUACGGCCUAGAGCCCAUCUUCGAGUCCGGCCACACCUGCGUCAUCAAAGUGCACAAUUUUAUUGUCUUUGGGACCAAGAAUGAGAACAGCCUCCUCGAGAAGAACUAUGAUAUCACCAUACAGGAAUGUAAAAUCCAGAACUCUAGCCGUGAGUACUGCAAGAUCUUUGCUGCUGAGGCACGAGCCGUCCCUGAUUUUGGAGCAGUGCCUGAGAUAAUUCCUCUGUACCUGAUUUACCGACCGGCCAACAACAUCCCUUACGCCACGAUGGAGGAGGACCUGGGUGGGCCCUGUGAGCAGUACUGUGUCACCGAGAGAGAUGGCAGCUUGGUGGCACGAGGCACCUCGGAGAUUGUGCUCAAAUGCUGUGCCUUCCAGCAUUGGGUAUACCAGUGGACGAAUGGAAACAUCCUUGUGACUGACAUGGAAGGAGUGGGCUGGAAGAUGACCAACGUGCGGAUAGCUACCAACCUCAAAGGGUACCAGGGGCUGAAGGAAAGCUGCUUCCCCUCCCUGUUGGAGCAAUUCGCAGCCACUCACCAGUGCAACCAUUACUGCAGCAUCCUGGGCCUGAAGACUCUGGAGCCAGCCAAACCCAAGGGCCCCAAAAGCCCCUCCACAGGCAGGAAAUCAGCCCAGUCCAGCCCCCAGCUUCCGAAGAAGGGGAUGGCGAGUCCCCAGGGCACCCGGAAGGCUACUGUGAGCCCCAGGAGCUCCCGGAGAGCAGUGGAAGCAGGGGAGGCCCAAGCAGCCUCCAAACUCAGGUCUGGAGAGGGCAGCGGGUCUGGUUGCCCGCAGUAGUCGGAGCUGCGGCCGUGGGAACCCCCACUCCGCCCACCAGCCCAAGCAGCCGGAGGGCAGCGUGCGACCGCGUGCUGCAGCUGCUCUCAUCCCUUUGCUCCUGCCCCGGCUCGUCACGUUUGUGUUGUGUGGUGUGUGCUAGCGCAAGCCACUCGACUGGCUUCGCAGCAGGGCCGGCACAGCUGUGGGCAUUGCGGCACCCACCCGUGGGCCCCCUCUCACAGACCUCUCUAUAGAAGCUGCGUGGGGCUGUGCACGCCCCUGCACUGGGACUUGCUUUCCACUCUUGCCUCUUUCCAUUUGGCUUGCUUGAACUGGUGCAUUCAAGACAUGGGCCGUCAGAACAGCUGCCUCAGGCUUUGCCUAUACCGUGCCUCAUUCCUGGCGGUGUCCCAGCGCUCCCCUGAGCUGACCAGGAGUAUGGGCUCUCCUCCUGGCUCCCAGCUCUUUUCUGCUCCCCCAGCACGUGUCACCACUCCUGUCCCUCUUCAUGUCCUCCGUAAAGCCCAGGCAGUGCUCGGUGUCAGGGGUGUGAACCAAACCAGAGCCUGACUGGUCCUUUGCAUGCUGAUUUAAAUUGUUUUGCUGCAGUGGGGUUUAGCGGUGAGCUGCAGCACUUGUGCUUGCCUGCUGCUAUUGCUUGGGGCUCUGGGGUGCAGGCCAGCCCCGUGGCAGGGUGCUGGUGUCAGUGCCAGCAGCUGCAUGGGGCCAGAGUUGCACCCCCCUCCUGGCCUCUCUGGCCGGGUGGGUGCUGAGGGCAGUGGUGCUGCUACAGGUAAGGAUGCUCUACCUCACAUGGGGCGCCCAGGAGUGGGGCAUUGCUGGCCGCGUGUGGUUAGCGUCACCCCUGCUUGGCGCAGUUACCCCAGUGGCAGUGUCUGCCCCUGUCCCUGCUGCCCUGGUGCCAGACAGAGGCCAGUUCUGGGCCCCAGGGCCGUGUGCUCUGGCCGUGGUGGGAGGCAUCGACGAGUGGGCAGCGGUGCUCCUACUGCGAAGUAAAGCUCCCCACAGUGGGACAAGCCUCCUUUGUCUCACCCCAUCACCUUCCCUAGGGCUUUGGAGAGGCGUGCUGGGUGACAGCAGUGCCACACCUAAGCAUGGUGAGGGUGGUCGCAUCCGAAAUGGUGACUCGCUGCAGCCUGGCAGAGGAGGGAAGGGGCUGGGCUGGGAGUGAGGUAUGCUCCAGUGCCCUGGUGCUGUCGUCAGAUCAUUGUAAAAUAAUGAUGUACAUACAUGGCCGCCUUGGCAAAUGGGUGUGCUCGAGUGCAAUAAAGUGAGAAGGACUGGCCUGUUCCCCGGCGCUGUGGUCGCUAUGGAAAAGAUGAAUCCAAGCACG